AGGCUCUACGGUUAUAUGUUAGAGUAGCUGAAACAUCUGUUCGGCAACAUUGUGAAAUCCUUGUGCUCUGAACUCUUGAUAAAGGGGACUGCUGAGCGAUUGGCUCGUAGAGACUUCACAGGCAGCAGGAGCUGUAAGUAGAGUGGUCACUGCUUGCCUUGCCUAGUCCUGGUCAGAGGGAAGCACAGAAGACAGCUACAAUUUUACGACUGCAUGGUUUUGCUUUGAGAGGGAGAGUGCAGGAAGUGCCUAGGAAAUGGUUCACGACAGAAACCUGAAGUUGUAAAUAGAAGAGAGAAGGAGAGCUGAGGGAUGCAGCUUGCAAGUAGUUGAGCUCCUGAUACAACGGCAGCAGAGCAAAACCAGACUUCUUCAAGAGCGAGCACAUCCCAGCCCAUCCCGAUGGAAGGGGAGACGGUACCAGCGAGCAGGAGAGCAGCCAACAGAGCCACGCGGAUCGCCCUCGGUGUGUUCGUGGCUGGCACCGUUGCACUUGGCACUGCACUUUUCUUGGUUAGCCAAGGUCUUAUAAAGUUUCAUCCAAAGCAACAGUACUGUUUGACUGCAGAAUGCAUCGAAGCUGCUGCUGCCGUCUUAAGCAAGAUAAAUCAAUCUGUAGAUCCUUGUGACAACUUUUAUCGAUUUGCAUGUGAUGGCUGGAUAUAUAACAACCCUAUUCCCGAAGACAUGUCAAACUAUGGUGUAUAUCCUUGGCUGCGGCACAAUGUGGACCUCAAACUGAAGGCAUUGCUUGAGAAACCUAUCAGCAAAAGACAGGACAGUGAAGCUGUACAGAAGGCCAAGAUCCUUUAUGCAUCCUGUAUGAAUGAGAAUAAAAUCGAAAAAGCUGACGUGAAACCACUGUUAAGCAUCCUGAGGCAUUCCCCUUUCCGCUGGCCCGUGCUGGAAUCCAACAUUGGACCAGAGGGGCUGUGGUCAGAGAGGAGGUUUAACUUAGUGCAGACCCUGGCAACACUUCGUGGUCAAUACAGCAACUCCGUUUUCAUCCGUUUAUAUGUGGCUGCUGAUGACAAAGCCUCCAACCGGUAUAUCCUGAAGCUAGAUCAAGCAAGCCUGUCUCUCUCAUCUCGAGAGGAUUACCUAGAAAACACCACAGAAGCUAAAUCCUACCGAGAUACCUUUUUGCAGUUCAUGGUUGACACAGCAGUGCUUCUGGGUGCAAAUGCUUCACGAGCUGAGUCUGAUAUGAAGUCAGUCCUAAAGCUGGAAGUUAAAAUAGCUGAGAUCAUGAUUCCAUAUGAAAAUCGAACAAGUGAGGUGAUGUACAAUAAAAUGAACAUAUCAGAGCUUAGUGCAAUGAUUCCACAGUUUGACUGGCUGGGAUACAUCAAGAAGGUGAUUGACACCAAGCUCUACCCUGAGCUCAAAGAUAUAGGUCCUUCAGAAAAUGUGAUUGUCCGUGUUCCCCAGUACUUCAAAGAUUUAUUCAGGAUACUUGAAAAUGAAAGGAAGAAGACUCUUGCCAACUAUCUGGUGUGGAGGAUGGUUUAUUCAAGGUUAUUUAACCUCAGUAGACGUUUUCAGUAUCGGUGGCUGGAAUUUUCUCGGGUGAUCCAUGGAACAACAUCUUUACUGCCUCAGUGGGACAAGUGUGUGGACUUAGUUGAAAGUGCACUCCCUUACGUUGUGGGUAAGAUGUUUGUGAAAGCCCAUUUUCAAGAAGACAAGAAAGAGAUGAUGGAAGAGCUGACUGAAGGAAUUCGCUGGGCUUUUAUUGACAUGUUGGAAAAAGAAAACGACUGGAUGGACUCUGAAACAAAAAGAAAAGCUCAUGAGAAGGCAAAAGCAGUUAUGGCAAAAGUGGGUUACCCUCAGUUUAUAAUGAAUGACACAUAUAUUAAUGAAGACAUCAAAACACUGAAGUUUACAGAAAGUGACUAUUUUGGCAAUGUAUUACAAACUCGCAAAUAUGCAGCCCAAUCUGAUUUCUACUGGCUUAGAAAAGAAGUUCCAAAAACAGAGUGGUUUACGAGCCCAACUACUGUCAAUGCUUUUUAUAGUGCAUCCACCAAUCAGAUCAGAUUUCCAGCAGGAGAACUGCAAAAGCCCUUCUUCUGGGGAACAGAGUAUCCUAGGUCGUUAAGCUAUGGUGCCAUUGGAGUAAUUGUUGGCCAUGAGUUUACUCAUGGAUUUGAUAGUAACGGUCGGAAAUAUGACAAAAAUGGAAAUUUAGACCCUUGGUGGACAACUGGCUCUGAAGAAAGAUUUAAAGAGAAAACAAAAUGCAUGAUUAAUCAAUACAACAAUUACUACUGGAAGAGAGCUAGCUUACAUGUGAAUGGCAAGAGGACCUUGGCAGAAAACAUUGCAGAUAAUGGAGGUUUGCGAGAGGCUUUCAGAGCAUACAGGAGAUGGAUUAGAGAAAAGAGAGGGGGAGAAGAAGAACCUUUACUGCCAGGCCUUGACUUCACGCACAACCAGCUUUUCUUUCUGAGUUAUGCCCAUGUAAGAUGCAACUCCUUUAGAUCAGAGUCUGCAAGAGAACAAAUACAUAUUGGAGCUCACAGCCCUCCUAUGUUCAGAGUUAUCGGAGCCAUGAGCAACUUUGAAGAGUUCCGAAAGGCUUUCAACUGCCCAGCAAAUACAAGUAUGAACCGAGGGGCAGAAUCUUGCCGGCUGUGGUAGCCGUCCCAUCUGGAUCUUCUAUCUGCAAGGGUCUGCAAUGUGAACUGCUGUGCCUGAGCUCAAGCUCGCUGUGAGAGUUUCAGAAGAAUGCUCUGCAUUCUGGAGAGGUGUUACUCCAAAUGUGUCUUCCUUAUCCAUGCCGAUGAACUGCAUGGACACUCCUUUUAUCCAUAAAACUCCUCCUGUUCAUCUGCAGUUGCAUUGCUGUUGAUGGAUAACUGCCAUUACCAAUCCCAAUUCCUGAUUUAUAUUUGAGCAAGAGGUAAAUGCUAAAAUCCAGUUUUAAUCUAUUGCUCUGCAGGGUGGCUAUGCAGAAUGCUCCCAUAUAGAAUUUGUUCUUUCUGGAUGAAGAAAUUAAUGAGACUUGCUAUAAAGCCAGCUCUGAUUUGCUGCAUGAUACAGCAAUCUUAUAACUUAAACUGUCACUGCCUAGCAUGCCAUAAACGAUGUUGCAUGGUGUAAAAGCCCAGCAGAGGGAUUCCCCAGCACCAUGAUACCCAGAAAUAUUACAGCACUUAUCCCUAUUUACAGUGUAAGCAUUUAUUUUUCCCCCAAGGGGUGAAUUUGCCUUGUGCUGAUGGUGGCCUUGGCUACAUUUAUUUUUAAGCCUGAAAGAACAGUUUUAAUUUUAGGGUGUCUUAGUGUCUGCAUCUUACAGAGGAAUACAAGAACUGUAAUCUGGACAGGGUAGGGUGACCUGUGGUUUUAAGGAAAGAAGAAUUUGUGGCUGAAAAACAGAGUGCCAACAGCAUUUGACCUAUCUGGGUCAAAAGACUACUUUAGAAGCUGAAAACUUUUAAAUACAGCAUAUAUACAGGCCAUUUGAGUUUUUCACCUGAUUACUAAAAACAUUUCCAAAAAGAAACAAGCAAACAUAUUUUAUAGCAGAAAGAUUUGAACACAACUAUUACUUUAAAGGGAAGAAUAUAAAAAUAGUCCUUUCUUCCUCCACAGAAAUAUACAUACUUAACUGGUAUUUAUUUAUACCUUGUGCAUUCAUUCUUUUUUGGAUGGUGGAAUCAUUUCAAAUGGAGAGAGGGUUUCUUUAGGUUGAUUUAAUUACUGCAAAUCUAUGUGUUUCUUUGUGUACGUACUUUAUAUAUAUAUAUAUAUAUAUAUACACUUGCAAAAAUGAUAUAAAUUCUUCUAUUAAUUUGUUUAAGUUUUAUUAUAUUGGUAUACAAAUAUUAAUGAGAUAAACUUUUUUACAGUGAUUGGUCAAAUAUUUUCUAAUAGUCAAAGUGGAUGAAGUUUCAACUGUAGCUAAGUUUUUGCAAAGUGAGUUAGUUUCUUCCAUCUCUUUAUAAAGAAGGAAGAUAUGAAAAGCUACUUUAGGAAAAGAGAUAGGUCCUCAAACUACCUUCCAGAGUGAAGGAAGUUGAGACUACUAAACUCAAGGCACUGUUGCCACUUUUUAGAAUAAAAUCACUAUGUUUGGGGGAGAUGGGAUUUUCUUCUUUCAAUUGUCCCCUGAAAAAAGUCAAUUUUUUCUUAAGAGCAAAUGCACAUCUUCCUUCAAGUCAGUUCUGAGUUCCACGGAUUAUAGUUUGUCAUUUGAGUUGACACUAUCAAUUUUUUCCUGGUGAUAUUUUUCACAAAAACUAUUUAGAUGUCCAUGUUUUCACAGGAACUUUCUCAAACAAGCAGGCAUGGCUCUUGAGCAAAGUAAUAGUGUUUGCCUACUAAUGGGAAAGUUCCUUAGCAAAUUGAAUACUGUCCUGAAUUCAUUCCUGUCCUCAUAUGAGCAGUGACACUACUUGAUGCUGACUGCUUUGGAUCAACAGCACAAAGUUCAGGAGUAAAAUCCCGGCCCCAUUAAAGUUAGUACCAAUAUGGUCGUUGUCCUCAAAAAACUCAGGACAGCCACUCAGACACUUAUCUUAACUUUCUAAAUUACUGGCCUAGGCAAAAAUCGUUUCACUACAGCCAGCUUGGAGUUUUCUAUUUUUAUCUCUCGGGUCAGAUAUGCAUUUGAAAGAGCUUCUCUCUCAUGGCUAUUUUCCAGUGGGACAGAUCUUGUAAUUUUGUAGUUUAUGGGUUAUUAUUCUAUACUGGAUAGUGAUUUCUUCUAAAAUGCCUCACAUUUGCUGCCUAAAAUAUCACCCUUGCUGCUCAUUGCUAGGCUUAAGCCUUUCAUGUUUAAUACCAAAGCCUUUUGAACUGUAAUAUGGAUACUCGCAAUAGCACAAGAAACAUUCAGAAACUAUCUCAUUGUUGCUAGGGCAGGCACACAUCUCACACAGCAGGCAGAGAGAUGGCUUCUGUGCUGGGGGCAUAGCAGGGAGCUUGGGGCUCAGGGACAAUGCACUAGAAGGAAGGAAGAGUGGGCAUGGCCAGAUUUUGAACCCUGCUUUUGGAAUUUCAGUGAAGGCCUACGUACCACCUGAAAAAUGAGGAGACCUUGCUCCCAACAUGCACAUUCAUCAGUAGCAUAAACGUUUGGGGAAUCCUUGCUGUGAAAUUGGGUGUUCAGUGCUUUGGGCUUAGGUCUUGCCUACAGCAGCAUGCAGGGAGCCAGUCCCACCUCCCCUGCCUAAUUGUUACCUCUAGCCAAAGAGCUGAUUGUGCAGUUUACAGGAGAAUCAGCUGUCUAGGUGACAGUUAGGAAGCAAAGCAGAAGGUAAAUAAGCACAUUUGUAAAACUCAGUCACGAGAGACAGGUAGCUAGAACAUGGUGACAAUUGUGAGAUCUCUUCUUGUUGCUUCUAUUUUAACAGAUUCCCUGGCCCUGCUUUGUUUUCACAUUGUGCCUCCUGGCUCUGUGCUAGCAGUGCCUUGCUGUAUUGACUUCAGGUUCACCUAAUGCAUCUAUGCAAACAGGUUCUUCAUAUAUGUUCUUCUCCUAGAGCUUUUAAAUUGGUAUUUUUUUUAAUUGCCAGUAAUACAACCCUCAUUUCCCCUUGGGCACAUUGCAAAAUGUUUCCUUCUCCUGGGUCAAUAGUCUUUGUAUCUACCAGUGGUCAGGAGGAGAAAGAUGCUAUAAAAAAGUAUUUUUACCUGCGUGAAUUUGAAGCUAUACCAUCACCUUACACACUGUGAGUAUUUCUGCUGAUUGUGUUGUGAAAGCGUAGCUUUACACAUGGGUAGCUCUUCGAAAAGGCAGCUGUGCUACUCACCUGUGUGAACUACUUAGUUAUGAUGUCCCUGCUGGGACUUGAUGCUGAAGGACCAAAAAACUCAGCUGCAUUAUAAAGCUCUGUCUCGUGCCUUGUGCAGGGGAACUUCAGCAUUCUUUAAAUAGGAACGCUAUCAUAACACUAAAUGUUUGAAUUAUUUAUAAAAUAAUCAGUUGGCUUUAUGUAUAACUGUUUCCUGAGUAUUAUUCAACAAAUUCCAUGCACAGAAGUCUGUCUUGCAGCAAUGUGAUAUAUUUAUCUGUCUGUCUCCAAAUAAAUAUUAAAAACUUGACGACUUGAGGCAGAAAGUGAGUUAAAAGGUCUUUUGUGCUUAUGUCUUUUUAAUCUGGAUUUUUAUUUUGCUGAUGACUCUACUCCUACCUUUUCUUCUUGCAUAAUAAGUUGACUGACUCAUUAAAAAACAGUUGUGUUAGCCAAUGAAAACCAAAGAGAAGAAGAAUUUUCCUGUGCAUUCAGUAUGACAAAAGCUGCUUGGACUGUCACUGUUCAACUUUACAAUGUUACUUCUGUAAUAUAUAGUCUUUAUAAAAUGUAAUAAAGAGCAUAAUGA